AUGGCAAAUCUCAAUGCCACCAGCAGCGCCACCAUUAAUAAGGCAACUUCCUCCUUAUCCACGGCAUCACUUGUCCAUCCAGCAUCGGUAAAUAAAACAUGGAUAAAUAAGAAUAUUUGCGGCAAUUUACUAACCACCGGUAAAAGUAAUAAUGAUGUUAAGGCAACAACAACAACAAAAGAUGCGUCGUCAUCAUCAACGACGACCACAACUACUGCUAUUUUAAGCUGCUCCACAACACAAUCAUCAUGUACAACAACAAUGACAACAACCACAACGACAUUAAGCACCAACAUCAACAACCUUUCCAAAUUAACCGUAACAAAUUCCGAACAACCACACCACCAAACAAAUAAUCUAAAAACUAACCAAACACAAUCAACAUCCUUAUUGUUAUCAUCAUCGGCAUCAUCAUCCCAACAACGUUCAUCUAAUCUUUCUUCCUCCUCCUCUACUUCAUUCACAAAUAAUACGUCCACAAUAACAGUCGCAUCUGUAUCGGGUUCCUCGAAUACCACAACCAACACAACUACAAAUACAAGUAGUAAUGCCACAUCCUCCUCCAUACAGACAACAACAAAUUCCACAUCAUCUAUGAUUAAGACUUCGAGUAAAUUUGUCUACAACAAACCACAAAAUCAUUAUGAACUCUUACAACAACGCCUCCAUAUGCAACAAGAGUUUGCUCAACUUUUCACCAGUUUGGCUCAACAACAUCAGCAUCAUCAGCCAUUUGGUGCGGGCUCAGCUUCCAGUUCACAGGCGGCUGCAGCAGCAGCCGCAUUUAAUAAUCCCUCUUUGGGUGCAGCAGCUGCAUCAACAUCGGCAGCUGCGGCGGCUGCUGCUGCUGCGGCUGCCUCAUCGAAUGCUGCCAAGAAUUCGUUGUCAUCAUUUUUGCCAUUUUCAAAUUGGUUUUUCUAA